GCACGAUAUUACGGGUUAAAAAGAUAAAAAAAAACAGUUCUGUGUUGCUCCUGUUUGAUUCGAAUCAAUUCAACAUUAAAUUAAAUUAGUUUAAAAAAUUACUCCCAGCGGCGAACCGGUUUCUCUCGUUUGCCUUUUUUUCUGCAUUCUCUCUUAAUCAAAAGUAAACACGCUAGAUGCGAUGUGAUUUGUGUUUGCGUAGAGUACGGCACAUUACAGUAAGCUAUUGUUGGCAGUCGGGUAUCAAUGUACACUGUAUGGUACAGAACACUAUAGGUUUAGUAAAGAUAUGUAUUUGUAUUUUUGCGUUUUAUGAAGUCAACUUUUAAUGCAGAAAGUUUCAGGAAAAUUAAUCAUUGCUUUGUGUGCAGAACAAAUACAAACAAUCAGGAAGUAAAGUGCAUACUAGUUUAGUGUUGGGGAAACGCAAUGUAUUGCCGCAUAAUAGCGAUUGUGUGCGUCAUAAUUCAUUCAGCCAAUGGCAUCCUAUACCCGAUGGAAUCGGAAUCUCGCCAAGUAAAAGAUUUGAGUGGCAGAUGGAGGUUUCGAACCGAUAACUCCUCUGGUCGAGAUACCGGUUUCCAAGAGCGUUGGUGGGAACGACGAUUGGCUGAAACGGGGCAUGUGAUCGACAUGCCUGUACCGGCGAGUUAUAACGACAUUACGCAGGAUAAAAGUAUUCGCGACUUCGUUGGCUGGGCAUGGUAUGAAACGACUUUUUUUGCACCUAAUGCGUGGAACAAUGAAGUCACAAAUGUAUGGUUAAGGGUAGGAAGCGCGCAUUAUUAUGCCAUGGUGUGGCUCAACGGUGAGCAAGUUAUGGAACACGAAGGCGGACAUCUACCGUUCGAAUGUGACGUAACAAUGUCUUUGAAUUUUGGCGCAACCAACCGGUUGACGAUUGCAGUGAAUAAUACGUUGACACCGAACACGUUACCACCGGGUGAAAUCAACCAUUACAACGGUAAAGAUGAUUAUCCGGCAGGUUACUUUACGCAGGAAUACGAAUUCGACUUUUUUAACUACGCUGGAAUUCACCGGCCAGUCAAACUCUACACGACACCUCGACUUCGAAUCGGCGAAAUCGUCACCAGCAGUGACGUCACGGCCGACCACGCCAGCGCAACUGUGCAUUAUCAGGUUACAGUCACCGACAGUUCAAGGGUGGGCCAAGAAAUGGCGAGCUAUAAUAUCACAGUGGUGCUGGAAGAUAGCACCGGUGCUAUAGUCAACAAAACAAGUGGCGGAUCUGGGUCGAUUACUGUGACACAGCCUAUGCUAUGGUGGCCGGUAGGCAUGCACGACCAAGUUGGAUAUCUCUACACGAUGGUGGUUUAUGCUGGAAGACUUGGGCUGUCUGCACCAAUAACGACGGACGUGUACCGGUUGAAAAUAGGAAUCCGCACAGUGACGGUUGAUCAGACGUUGAAAAUCAACGGGCGACCGUUCUACGUCAUAGGCGUGGGAAAACACGAGGACUGGGACGUUCGGGGAAAGGGGUUUGAUUGGUCGAUGGUAGUGAAGGACUUUAAUCUAUUAGAUUGGUUGGGCGCGAAUGCUUUUAGGACGAGCCAUUACCCGUAUGCUGAAGAAAUAAUGCAGAUGUGCGACGAGAGGGGUAUUGUUGUUAUUGAUGAGUGCCCGGCAGUGGGCAUGAGGUCGGCAAAUAAUUUCGUCAACAAAACGCUAAGUCAUCACUUAAACGUGAUUGGCGAACUCGUCACACGUGACCGAAAUCACCCAUCCGUGAUAAUGUGGUCAGUGGCGAACGAACCGAGCUCACAGCUGCCUCCAGCGGCACAAUAUUUCAAGACUGUAUUAGAUCGAGCGAGGGAAUUGGACCCCACGCGCCCCGCUACCUUCGUAUGCAAUGCUGGGUAUGACAGUGACCUCGCGACUCCCUACGUUGACGUGGUUUGCGUGAAUAAAUACGAGGGUUGGUAUGACGAUCCAGGGCAUGUGGAAGUUAUACAGAAGCGAUUAUCUUACUUUUUGACACAAUGGCAUGAGAAACGUUCAAAGCCUGUAAUUCAUAUGGAAUGGGGCGCUGGUGCCAUCGCCGGUUUCCACUCCGACCCGAGCCUUAUGUACACAGAAGAAUAUCUAUGCGACGUUAUGCGCGAACACUUCGCUACAUUCGACUCCCUGCGCACGGGUUCGAACCCGGUCCUAGCCGGUGAAAUGAUCUGGAAUUUCGCCGAUUUCGCUACCGCGCAGGCGACAACAAGAGCAUACGGGAAUAGAAAGGGAAUUUUCACACGACAAAGGCAGCCAAAAUCACCAGCUUUUGUAAUCAGAGAUCGUUACAGGGCGCUGCGAAAUCAAAGUGUUGCCGAGAGACAAACGGAAUUGGAUUUAAUCGGGAAACACUGGUGGAGGGAAGUGCGGGAAAAUUGGGACAGAAGUUUAUAAUUUAUUCAAGGAGACACCUAUAUACUUAUACUAAGUGCAAUGACAAUGAUGAAUAGUCUCCAUGUAUUUAAUUCAAUAUUGCAGUUUAAAUGCGUAAUUCUUAUAUUUCUUUGCAUUGUUUUCAAAUCACAAACUAACUCACCAUGUUUGCAUCUUGUAACUUCGAUUCCGUUCCCUCUCCACGUCGCUGGGAUUGCCUCAACUCGAUCUGAGCUUCGUGAAUUUCCCGAUCCGCGACCACGACCGCUUCCUAUAG